UCCUCCCCCGGGAAAGCGAAAGCGCAACGGCGGGCGGAAGCCGAACCGUGCCGAGCCGAGCCGUGCCGCGCCGCACCGGGGGCGCACCGGGGGCGCACCGGGGCCACCAUGGCAUCAUCCAUCGGCAACUUCUUCCGACGGAGCCUGCGGCGAUCGGGCCGCAGAGAAGGAAAACAGGAGGCUUCUGCUGCAGAAAGCAACUCCUCGCGAGCGCUGCAAGGGAAGGCAGGAGACCGGAGCUCUGUCCUCUACUCUGCCGGACAGUUUUUCUUUGAGUACCUGGUGGUGGUGUCGCUGAAGAAGACUUCAGAUGGACGUUAUGAACCCAAGAUAGCAUACCAGUUCCCAAAGCGCGAGAACCUCCUGAGGGGCCAGAAGGAGGAGGAGGAGCGCCUCCUGCAAGCCAUUCCCCUCUUCUGCUUCCCCGAUGGCAACAACUGGGCGCCUGUCACCGACUUCACCAGUGAAACCUUUUCCUUUGUCCUGACGAACGUGGACGGCAGCAGGAAGAUCGGCUACUGCAGGCGGCUGCUGCCCUCCGGCCGUGGCGUCCGCCUCCCUGAGGUCUUCUGCAUCAUCAGCUGCCUGGGCUGCUUUGGGCUCUUCUCCAAGAUCCUGGACGAGGUGGAGAAGAGGCGCCAGAUCUCCAUGGCGGUGAUUUACCCCUUCAUGCAGGGCCUCCGGGAAUCGCCCUUCCCGGCUCCAGGGAAGACGGUCACCAUCAAAAGCUUCAUCCCCGAGUCGGGCACAGAGCUCAUCGAGCUCACGCGGCCCGUGGACGCCCACCUGGAGCACGUGGAGUUCCAGGCGCUGCUCCAGCGGCUCAGCCCCAACCUCAUCCUGCACAUCUUCGCCUCCGCCGUGUUGGAGCGGCGGCUCAUCUUCCUGGCCGAGGAGCUGAGCGUCCUCUCGCAGUGCAUCCACGCAGUGGCUGCUCUCCUCUACCCCUUCACGUGGGCUCACACCUACAUCCCCGUGGUCCCCGAGUGCCUGCUCGACACCGUCUGCUGCCCCACGCCCUUCAUGGUCGGCAUCCAGAUGCGGCACCUGGAGCGGGUCCUGGAUCAGCCCAUGGAGGAGGCUCUGAUAGUUGACCUGUGCGAAGGGAAGAUCAUCCGGGCGGUCGGGGAUGAGGAGGAGAUCUUGCCCAUCAAGCUGCAGAACGAGAUGCUGACGUCUCUGAACAGGCACAACAACAACAACAACGUGCACACACCCGAGCAGCUGAACACGCUCGUCUCCGAGGCCUUUGUGCAGUUCUUCGUCCGAAUAGUUGGACACUACGCCUCGCACAUCAAGUGGAGUAAAAACGGCCCAGGCACCUUCCAGGAGCGAGCCUUCUGCAAAGCCAUCGCCUCCAAGACCAACCGCAAGUUUGUGAAGAAGUUUGUGAAGACGAACAUGUUCUCCCUAUUUAUUGAGGAUGCAGAGAAGAACAGGAUCCCGCAGGAAGUGUAUUUCCAGCAGAAGAUAACAGAAUACCAUGAACAGAAGAAGCACCGGAGGGACUCCUGAAGUACAGCCGGGAGCACCGGAGCUGGAACUGAGCAGGUCUCUGCCAGCAGCGCUGCGCUGCGCCGGCUUGAGCUGUGCCCCGUCCAAGGGCAGAGCACGCUGGACUCUGCUGGAUCUGCCCGCCCGUUCCUGCCUGUGACUCACGAGAAGCACCAAACACCAGUUUCAACCCUUUCCUUUCUCCCUCAGGGCACCAUUGCACUGGAAAACUUUUGCACAGAGCUAGCACGCAGGCCGUGGUUUCUUUUCCAGCCUUGCUAGCGACAGGGACAAACCACACCUCAGUGCCCAGCUCUGCACCGAGCCUUUGGCCACAUCAGGACUUCACGUGGAGAUGGAGGGAAGUCAGGGAGCAGGUGCCUGCUGGCUGCAGGACAACAAGGGCUGUAGAGUAAUUGUUAAAGAAAAAAGAAAAAAGGAUGAGUAGGAAAUGCUGUUAUUUCUAAUUAAAACAAACCUAGGUUUUGCAAAUAAGCAACAUCCUAUGAAAUAUGUUUCCGAGGAUUCUAGUAUUAGCAGUUGUUUCACUUUGUUUUCUGUCGAGAUACGCUCAUUGUCCAACACCAGCAGGAGCAGUCUCGGUGGGUUUUAGCAGUUUCCUCUGUAGUAGCUCUCUUCUUUGUUGGUACUACUUGGAGAAACAAUCCCAGUUUAGCUCUUUGAAGAAACGAAAAUACUCUUUCCCAACAGGUUAUUUAUUCGCACUGUAAGCAAACUGCGAAGGCCACCGGGCUAUGUUUUGUCGUCGUGGAGGGAAACAGCAGAUCAACAGCUUCGGGCAGGGAGGAAGUAAUAGUUAAAUCAAGUAGUAAAACAUCAACAUUCUACUUGUUCCUGGUUUUGAUGCCAACUUCUUUUAAAACCUCACUGUUUUUUUUUCAGUGCUGUUUCUGAAAUGUGAUGCCUGUAGCAGAUAAAGCUAAAUUGCAGUUCUCCCUCCCUCCUUUUCUAACACAUUCACCCAGGGAACAAGCACUGCAGCACAGAAAGCAGGGGCUGGCUGCAGAUGCACCUGGUUCCUUCCCGGACAUGGAAGGAACCUUCCCUUGGAGGAGAAGUGGAUGAACAGGGAAGGAAACUUGCUUCUCCCCAGCAAGAGCUGUGGUAAAAAGCAGAGCUUCAUCCUCCUCUGUGGGACUGUAGAGCCAAGCUGCCGUAUCGCUCAGCAGCUGCCGGUCAUAUGUACCACACAUAGAUGGUUAUCAAAACUAUCGUUUAAUACAGCUUUUGUAGUGGCAUUGAGUUGCCACCGAAUGCCACAGCGAGAGAUUUUAUAUGAACACGAAAAAAUAAGCAGGCUGUCUGCCAGACAGCUUUCACUUUCAGAGCCGUUGAACGCCUGACUAACAAAAACAAGAGACGCAAAGGGCAAUUAUUUUAGAACUAUUUGUGUAGUCAUGCACAAAUAUAAGCAACAGAAAAACACUUGGACAGAGGAUAAAAACUGAACAGCAACAAAACACUCCAUCCACGCUGAAAGAAAUUCAGUGAUGUUUUGAUCAACUCCCAUGUGUGUUUGAGGGAGAGAACCAACAACAAUUUGUCAGAAAAAAAAAAAAAAAAAAAAAAAAAGUGGGUUUGGCACUGUAAGUAUCUUCUUUGACUCCACAAGUUCACUCUCAUGGGUAGAGAGAAAGUUACAAGCAGUCAACAGGAAGUUAAAGGUUAGCGAUCUUCUUCUGUGCUUUUUUUCAAUUGAGUCUGCCAGCAGAAAAGGGAAACGGAGGGGUGGGGAAAUCAAGGGCACUAAUCAAGAAUUGUCCCUUUGGUAAAGACCACUUGCCUCCCUCUUUUCCUUCUUGCUCACUACUACUUUGAGAAGAUGCUGACCUCUUUUGGUUGCGAAGUGUAACACAACAUCUCACUGAGAAAAAUGGGAAGCGGUCCUUGCUUUGGCAAUGGGUCUUCGAAAGAGUUAGAAGUCACGUAAGAGACUCGAAGACUUGCUUCUGCCUAAGAAAAAUGUAAUAGAAAGUGCUUCCUUAGGUGCUGAAAAGAAAAUGGAGAUAUGCAGAAACUGAUCCCUAAAUUAAAAAAGAUGUCAUUCAAAUGUAGCCAAUGCUGCAGACAUCAGCAUGGGUUAACUACAGCAGGUUAGAAGGGUUUGUGCUCUCUUGUGUGCUUGCCAGAGAACAAUAUGAAAUGCAGUCUUAAGCUACUUAAGGGACUUUUCCUUUCGAUUUUGUUAUGGAGAAAGGGACUUAGAUCCAUUUCCAGUGACCAGCUCAGAAAAGCAUUGUUUGGGAAGCAUCCAAGUCCUUAGUUCAGCCUCUCACUUGGCUACAGAGAAGCCAAAAGGGGAGAGCAGGGAUGGGUACAGAGCAACCAGGCAGCUUUCUGGCACUAACUUCUCUGCCCACCAUCCAGCAGCAGCUCCAGAGCUACAGGCAGCUGAGGAUGCUGGAGCAGGCUCCAGCCUGCUGAAGAGGCAGUCCCCACGUGCUGUAAGAUGAGCUGUCGGGGAAGAAGACUGGUGUGGCCGAACAGGGAACUUUUGCUGAGUCUCCAGGAGAAAAAAAAGAGAGUUUAUGUCCAGUGGUAGAAGGGACAGGCAAGUUCAGGAGAGAACAAGGAAGUUGCCAGCAUAUGCAGAGAAAAAAACAGGAAAGCUAAAGCCCAGCAUGAGCUCAACCUGGCCACUACGGUAAAAGAAAACAAAAAAAAAAUGUUUUUACAAAUCUAUUAACAGUAAGAGGAGGGGCAAGGAGAAUCUCCAUCCUUUACUGGAUGUGGUGGUGAACAUGACUACUGAGGAUAGGGAAAAGGCUGAGGCUCUUAAUGCCUUCUUUAUAUCUGUCUUUGAUAGUCAGACCAGUUAUCCUUGGGGUACUCAGCCUCCCAACCUGGAAGUCUGGGAUGGGGAGCAGAAGAAGCCCCCCACAGUUGAGGUGGAAGCAGUUAGAGACCUGCUGCUCCACCUGGACUGUCACAAGUCUAUGGGGCCAGAGGGAAUCCACCCGAGGGUGCUGAGGGAGCUGGCGGAUGUGAUUGCUGGGCACCUUUCCAUCAUCUAUCAGCGGUCAUAGUCAUCUGGAGAGGUCCCAGAUGACUGGAGACUUGCUAAUGUGGCACCCAUCUGUAAGAAGAGUCACAAGGAGGAUCUGGGUAACUACAGGCCUGUCAGGUCAGCCUGACCUCGGCGCCAGGAAAGGUGAUGGAACAGGUCAUCUUAAAUGCAACCAUACAGCAUCUGCAGGACAACCGGGGGGUCAGGCCCAGUCAGCAUGGGUUCAUGAAAGGCAAGUCCUGCCUGACCAACCUCAUCUCUUUCUGUGACUGGGUGGCCUGCUUGGUGGAUGAAGGAAAGGCUGUUGACAUUGUCUACCUAGCCUUCAGCAAGGCCUUUGACACGGUCUCCCACGGUAUUCUCCUGGAGAAGCUGGCGGCCCAUGGCUUGGACAGGUACACUGUUUGCUGGGUUAAAAACUGACGGCUGAGGGAGCUGGGGUUGUUUAGUCUGGAGAAGAGGAGGCCCAGGGGAGACCUUACUGCUCUCUGCAACUACCAGAAAGGAAGGUGUGGGGAGCUGGGGGUCGGCCUCUUCUCACAGAUAACCGGAGAUAGGACUAGAGGAAAUGGCAUCAAGUUGCAACAGGGGAAGUUCAGGUUGGAAAUGAGGAGACAUUUCUUCUCAGAAAGAGUGGUCAGGCAUUGGUACGGGUUGCCCAGGGAGGUGGUGGAGUCACCGUCCCUGGGGGUGUUCAAGGAAAGGUUGGGCCUGGCACUUAGGGACAUAGUUUAGUGGGUGAUAGUGGUGGUAGGGGGACAGUUGGACCAAGUGAUCUUGGAGGACUUUUCCAACCUUAAUGAUUCAGUGUUUCUAUGAAAGAGGAAGAAAAUGGCCCAGGGCCACAGUCUUCGCCCAGACCUCCAAAUCCUCCCACUGUUACCCUCCAUUCUUCCGGUAUCUCCUCCCUUCCAUUAUGCUGUAAGUCUUCCUGACAGCUCUGCCCUCAUUCCCUAUGCCUUCAUGACUGAUGAUGUUCCUGAUCAGCAACUUUUAAGGGCUGCUCGUUUUGUGUUGGCCCAACAUUGAAAAGCAGCUUGAUAAUACCAAGUUUGCUUAUUCACCUGGCCAGCACAAUGUGGCAAGAUCUCUAACACCCUUCCAUUUAAUGCCAGAAGGGUGGACAGACUGCAUAAUGCAAGAAGCAUGCACGUCCCUAGGGUGAAUCAAGAUCAGUGAAGAAAAAAGACACCAUGCUGAAAACCAGGGCAGGUACUGAAGAAAAUACCCUAUUUAUUUCUUUGAACUCAGUCUGCCUCUCAAACCAGCUGCUUGUAGGUGGAGGCACAGCAUUUGCUGCUAGAGACAGAAUCACAGAAUCACAGAAUGUUAGGGAUUGGAAGGGACCUUGAAAGAUCACCUAGUCCCAUCCCCCCUGACUGAUUGAGGGAACUGGGCCUCCCACCAUGGGUUCUCCUUGGGUGGGUGCUGCUCUGUGACACCUCUGCUUGGGUGGUGGAGAAAGCCUCCAUUUUUCUGGAUGGCCAGAAGCAUUCCCUUGCCAAAUCAACAAGGCUAAGGAGGUAACCAAGGCAUUGUUAUAAGAAAUAAUACCGAGAUUUGGGUUCCUGUGGUAAUUUUAUCAGAUCGUUUCAUCACUUUGUUGCUUUGUAAUUACAGCUUUAAUUACCAUGUCUGAUGCAACUUUUGAUGCUAACAUACUUGUCUCACUUGUGAAGAACGUUGUAUCUAGGGAAAUAGAGACCAACAUUCAGAAAAUUUGGGAACAUACCAAAGUUCUCCAUCAAGUAUCUCAGGAUGGAGCUACUUAGGGACUCCAAUAGUCGUGGCAUAAAUUAACCUCAUGGUUGCCCAAUGUCACCUGGCUAAAACAAUUAUUUGUAUUAUUCUGUUGCUAAAGUGUUUUAUAUUUUGUAGUAAGAAUGUCCUAACCGACUAUGAAUCCCGGAAAAAGCAUCAACUUCGUCAGAAGAUAGAAUCAGGAAAAUACUUUAGAAAGUCCUUAGAAAAAGAAAGUAUUUUGUAGAAACAAGUAAAAGAAUUUACUAACGGUUUAGAAAAUGGGGGAUUGAAGUAAGGAAUAGAUGCUAAAGGGUUAACCGUAGAACUCUAGCAGGUCUGGAGAGGCCACCCCAUGCUGAUUUUGCAAGUUUUAGCUAACACAGAUGUAUAUUGUAAACUAAUCACAAGGGCAGGACUGAGACAGGAUAGCUCUGGAAGAUAAGGGAUUUCUAUAGCCCAGGCCAUUGUGAACACUAGUUAUCAAGAAAAGAAAAGCGAUAAAACGGGAAGAUAGCACAUUCCCUGUUAAGCAAGAACGGGUUCAGACGACUUUUACGACUGAAGUGAAAAGUCCAUGGUGAGGAAGACAUACAGCCUUCAUCCCGAACACCCCGGCCCACGACCACAAGGUGGCACUGAGUGUGCGCAAUUGGGAGGAUUUAAAGGCGGAGACAAUGGAAAUGAUUUCUCGGAACUCAUUGUAAUAAAACCGCCCUUUCGGGGAGAGGUUAUGAAUAUGUAUAGGCGUUCCCUUACCGGUGUAACUCCUGCUGUAUAAAUACAGGAUGAACUACUGUGGCGGGUGCGCACGAUUGUGGUGGUGCGACCCUCCGUGCUGCCCAGCGCUGAAUAAACACACCUACUUUACAACUUU